AUCACGUCACCGCCGCGAGGGAAAAAGAAAACGUCUAUAUAAACAUCAUGGCGAUGCCAGAACUGCCUGCUCCUUCCCUUCUCUUCUUUCCUCAGGCCAUCGGAGUUGUCCACGCUUCUGCUUCUUCCAUCAGACUUCAAUCCUUGCCCUUGGAAAGCUUCACCGUUCAACUUGAUUCGAACGACAAAAAGCCACUUGCCCAUCAUGCAGAUCCCCACCGUCAUGCAGCUCGCCCUCGCAGGCCUUCUGGCCUCCUCUGCCGCCGCCUUCCAGGCACCGCAGGGCCCGACCGCCGUGGCCUGCCGCGUUGCUGGCGCUCUUGCUGUGCUCGCCGCCCCCGUCGUGGCUGUCCCGGUUGCCGACGUGGCGGACUCCAUCGUCGCUCGUGAUGAGGCCGAGGUCGAGGGCGGUGACAAGAAGAAGCCCCCGAAGAAGGGCGGAAAGAAGAAGCACCACCACAAGGGCAAGAAGCCUCAUAAGCCAAAGGGACCCAAGGGAGGCAAGGGCAAGCCCGAGGCCGAGGCCGACACCGAAGCCGACACCGAAGCCGACGCCUGAUUCCGUCAUCAUCAUAGGCCGCCGUCCCCAAACACAGCCAGCCUACAAAGUCAGCUCGCAUUGGUAACUUGAGAAGAUGUAGACCUUACAAGCUUCUAGUUUGACUGGUUUGAGCGAGGCUGUGUCGGACAGACCUUUUGUGUCCUGUCCCGAGAAAAAUCAAGUAAACACAAGGGUCUUUCUCGGUCACAGAAUCAAGGCUCAUUUUUGAGAGGAGUGUGGAGAAAACAAGGAUUCUGAAGGACUUUCGUUCUCUCGCCAUGUAUUGGCUGUUUGGCUUGGAUUUGUAUCAAAGUGUUGUCAGCUGCGCAUCUUGCACGCUUCAAGUAUUGAAAUAGCAACUGAUAACUCUUUUCCGGUAUUUUCCUGACUUGAAAACCGCAGAGUGACAAGAAUGGGA